AUGUCGCUGCCCGAGAAGGCGUUUGCGAUUCUUUCGAUCCUGGUCACGUCGGCGCUGGCGAUCUAUGUGACGAUCAACACGGGCAAGGCCUUGUUCGCGCCCGGCCCGGCGGGUCCGCGCUUCCCGUUCUGCGCUGCCGAGUUCCAGGACUUUGUGUACACCAACAAGACCCACUACAACUUUUAAGGUUGGCGUGUAAAAACCUAUGUAAUCAAAUGUGAAUGUGUG